CAUGGGAGUUUUGUCGGUUAUGAAUUUGAGCUACCCCGAUGUAGCUGAGCAACUUCUAAAAGCUGGUGCGAAUCCUAAUGUUCAAGAUCGAGGAAUAGGAAAUGGGAGAUGUCUUUUAUUGACACCUGGGCACGACGCCGCUCGGGUCGGAUACGUUAGGACAUUAAAGGUCUUAUUGAAAUACGGAGCCGACACGAACAUUCGAGACGGUCAUGGGAAUACAUUAGCUCAUUUAGCCGCAAAGCACGGUCAACUUUCCGUAUUGAAAGUUUUAGCUCGGGGCAGCGACUUGUCUAUUCGAAAUCUAGCCGGUCAAACGCCCCUUGAUUAUUUGAUGCCAGAACACGCGAGGUCUGAAAGCGAAGUAGCAUUUCUUACGGAAUUAAAGACCCAACCUAGACCUCUCAAAUAUCUAGCCGUCACUUCGAUACGAAAACAUUUAGGAACUGAACGAUUAGCACUCUUGCACCGGUUACCUCUUCCCCCUCCUCUUAAAGACAACUUGAUUUUGAAAUAA